CGGCCAGGCAAGGGUGUGCUAUUGUACAGUUCCCACUAAGAAAAAGUCAUCCCGAAUGAUGACAGGUUAAACACGUUGGUGAACGUUCCAAAGUUCAAAAAACAGUUGAAACGAUGCCAGAAGAGCACUUGCUCGAGGACAAGCAAACCCUGUCUCUCUAUCCAGGAGAAUGACAGGGGGGCGACACAGGUCAUCCCAAUGUUGUUGCCUACUCCUCUUGCUGGAGCAGGAUAUUUAGGUGAGUCAACGGUAAGUUGCCCUUCCCAGCAUGGUCCAAAAGAAUGCACACACUUUUGGUUCUUCAGUUAUUUUGCGCCUCACCUAACAAUCACCUUCUAUUUUCCAAUCGUUCACCGAAAAACGAAUUAGCAAUGCAAACAUUAUGCACCAAGACUCUUCCACGUGUGCGGCAGCAGCUUUCUCAAGGGCGACAGUUUCGCUCGAGUUGUGGUGUAUGAUGGUGAUUGACGUUCGGCUCUGUAGAAUCUCCCGGUACAGCUGUAUCCUUGUGGCUCCCACAGCACACUUAUCGAGGAACGAGAGCUCUGCAGUGUCGAGCACUUUUUCAAUUGCGAUGGCCCCCGACUUAGACACAAUCUGUUCCCAUUGUCGCAUGCCGGCGCACCUUCUGAGUUUAGUAUCGGCUCUGUGAAGAGAGACACAGGAUACAGGAAACGGCGCUCCGCGGUGUAUGAGGGUUCGCCUCAGGCGGAUCAUUUGUACAGGUACAAUAUCUGAUUAAUGUGAUAAUUAUAAUACAUGGUCUGCCUCUGAUCUUUAUGGUCUUGGUGCGGACUUCGCAACGGAAAGAUCGACUUUUUAACUGUGCGAUGCAACAAUUCAACGAACGGAACUUUCCGAGCUGUCUAUCGUUCUGUGUCUCUGUUGUUUGGGUCCUUGGUGCUGGAGUUAUGUGGACCAUGUCCCUUUCUCUAUAUACCGUUGCGACAGCUCUUGCCCGUAGUCCUGGAAGCAUUUUGAAAUAGACCCUUGCAAAUUAACUGGAACUUUGUGCUGUGCCGUAUUUCACCGAGAUCAACACAGAAGAGAGCAGCAACGCGCCUGAAUUCAUAGGAGCCUACACCUCCGCGUAACACUCGCCCGAUGGGGGGCUUGCUAUUACCUCAGAAGUGCGAGGCACUCGAGUACGCAUUGCCUCUGUUCUCGAAAUGCUACCACUUUCUCGAAUAACCGGAUGAGUUAUCUGCUUGCUGGACUCGCCAAGAGGCUCCACUUCCAGAUGGAAGAAUUUCUUCUGCAUCGGACCCAUGCUAUGAGAACACUUCUCCAGCGCAUGCCCCGCACUGAUGAACGCAAAGCAGACUCUCCUCGAUGGUUUCCUCAUAGAGAAUCCGUCGUCAAUCAUUGGUGUUCCUCCAUUUCACUUUUGCCGUCUUGUCGCGUUUGGAACAACGGGUUCAUCAAUAGCUGGCUGACGAUCUUUAAGUGUGUGCUAAAUAUGCAUGCACGCGGCCGCUUAGUGGCGUCGGAAAAUUGACUAGCCAUUUACAGAUCUCGGUGUGAAAUGGCAUCUUUUCAUCUAUUUCGUAUACCGUAACACAUGCAGUGCUAGACAUUCGCUUGAGUGUGGAAUUGGAAACAACGUAAUGCGUGAGAGUCUCGGCGACUGCAGUGUCGACUGCCUAUCCUCAUGUGAAAAACAUGGCAACAUGCGGUCGCUGGACGCGGGGACGAUUGGCGGAAACUACGUACCGGCAAAACCGAAUUGAUUUUCCAGACUUCCCGUCCCAUUCCGUAAUCCAGUUCAAUCUCUGGAGCUCGGAAGACAACACCUGGCUUUCUUUGCUGCGGGGUUUGUGGCAUCGAUGCAAUGCUCGUAGAGUUUUACUAGCGGCGUCAGGGGACCCACGCGAACCAGCCCACUUGAGCGAAGAAGUCACAUCGAAACGGCACAGGUUGCCUGGCGUUGCUACUCCACGGUUGAACUGUGACUCAGAACUCCUCAAGUGUUAUAAGAAUGGCGGGGACUUGAAGGGUGUGGAUCAUCACUGCCCCCAGCCAGCUCCGGCCGACUCAAGAGGUGACCGUGAUGGUGAGGCUUUCUGCGCCGACCGUGCAUUAAGUGCUUCUCUUGCACAGGCCAUACGUGAGGCGAAACUCUAUUGUGGACACCCCGAAAGGACAGUGGUGGACUGCCGUAGUUCAUGCUGUCUUGAGGAAACCGGCCGGCACACUCCACCUGAAUUGCCUUUGGUUGAUGGCGGGCAUUCCUCGGCUGGCUGCAAGAAUUUCUCUUCUGCCUUUAUGAAAAUUCCCUCGGAAUUUGUGUGCGGAAAGGCGAUACCACCUCUUCUUCACUUCGUGUGGUUGGGGGGUCAUCCUCCUCCAUUCUUUGAAACAAUCAGGCAGUCGUGGGCAGUCCACAACCCGGACUUGAUACAAGCUCUCUGGACAGACGCGCAUGUCGAGUCACUUCUUGACGUCCUGGAUCGGAAGUCGCGUUCACGGAGGCCAAAAUGCAGAAAGACAGAUCAUCAAGAUCUUCAUCCGCUUUUGGUAGACAGACCGGCAACCGAUGCAGGAGAGACGACCGAAUGGGAAAUGUCCGAUAGCGUUUCUGACAGCCAGACGCUGGUUCACGCGAUCAAGGCCUUUCGCAAGGAGUCAUGUCAGGGUGCAAAAUCGGAUAUUGCCCGCCUGCUGAUUUUAUGCCAUUACGGAGGAAUAUACGCAGAUGUGGACAUGGAGGCUAUAAAACCGCUACCCCCGUGUUUGCGGCAGUGCACGACUGUCUUCAUGGGCAUGCAACGUCCAGAUGCUGUUGAACUUGGGAACGCUCUAAUCGGAUGUUCUUCGGGGCAUGAACUGAUACGAUUCAUUCUCCAGCGUGUCGGACGGCCGUAUUCCCAGUGGGGAACGCGCAGUGCGGAUCAAAUGGCAGUGGUGUUAGAUAUCCUUAAGCUACACGUUGCGAGAUUUUCUCCUGAGGCAAGCGAGCUCAUGGACUCACUCCGAAGUACGAAUGAUGAGGCAACAAACGUCAUUGAGCGAACAGGUCCUGGGCUGUUGACUCGGGCUACGCUUGCGUGGUUACGUGAUCAACUAAAUUCCUCGUCUUGUGCUCGAUGCCGGCCACAAGAGAGGCGCUCACAUGAUUAUGAACAUAAAAGCAAUACCACGGAAGCCACUUCAGUGCACGCUGAUGUGGUUGGAAGCGAGACAGGUUCUAAAGAAGAUGAUUCGAAACCGGAAGCUACCAGUGGCACAUGUUGUUGCAUCCUUGCGACGACGUGUAUUUGCCCUCCAAUUUUCUUUUACCCGGUGCCAAAUCAUAGACGUAAAGAACUUCGCGAAGGCAAGGUGCAGACCGAACACUUGGAGUCGUCGUUUUCGUACACAGUCCAUCACUGGAGACAAACGUGGCAAGGCUCAGUUCGUCAGGAAAGUGAGACUGAAUGCUGACAGUAACUUUUCAACUUCCCUUUGAUACCAGUCGUCGAAUUAAAAGAUGCGAUGCAUCCAUCGGUCUUGAUUCAAUCAACAGUUCUUUGGCAUAGUACAAGCUUUUCUCUCUGUGGGGUGCUGUACCGGCGGCAGUAACGAGACGCAACGUACACCGAAGAUGCGCAGGAUUCAUCUAAAUUCUCUGAUUUCACCACAACAGCAGCAAUACUGAUAUUCUAUGGACCGUAGGGUCCUCGUUGCGUGCAUCGAGGUUUUUAGGGGAAAACUACCAGAUGUCUGUAAGCAGGAGUUAUGUGGGCAGCCACGAUUUUCCAAGCCAACUAGCUGGCAACACGUUGUCGCGGUACAAGUUGUCAACUUCUCUAUAAUAUUGUCGUACAUUCGCAAGUCCUGUCACAAUAUACCUUGCUCUGCCGCCUUAUAUACAACAUGUUGCCCAUAAAGAUUUGGGCGAGCACUAAGACGCACUGAGUUGCUUGAUCCAGGUGCCGCAACGGAUUAAGGAUAGCCUCACGCUCGAUGUAUUGUGGCCCACACAAUGUAAAUGAAGCACGUGAAACGGUGGAUAUGUAAAGAGGUUUAAGGUCGCCUUCCUACUAAGGCAUGCUGGAAGUGGAGGUGUCGGUAAGUCUUGCCGCGUUAUCGUUCAUGUCAAUCCCUGAGCCUCUUCGCCAACUGCGUGGACGUGCAUGCAGCCAUAAUCGACGGAAAUCACAUCCCAAUUUAAAUACCUGCAGACGGCGUCUGAUGCCGUCAACUUUUCUUUCGGCGAUGGAACGCAAGUAUUCCUAUAGUGAACCGAUCGAGUGCCAGGGAUCACUGGCGUCGCACACCUGCAACGUUUCUUACCUUUUUUUCGA